AGUAUCCUGUGAUAUCGACCAGUGUUACUGAGCGCUAUACCAAUACAAUGGCUCACAUCAAUGCAGGACGUGAAAAUCAAAGUCUUACCUUCAUACCAGAGAUGACCAUGAAGACUCCACUGAGUGCCAAAACUAUGAAGACCCCUCUGCGUACCGGUCGGAAAGCUUUUGGGAUUGUCAAUGCACAGUUGUCAACUCCUGUUGUCGAUAAGCAAGGGAUGAAAAUGGAGAAGCUCAAGGAAGGCAAAAUAAUGCAUGUAGUUCAGAAGAAAGAGGAAGACAAUCCAGAGAUUGAAAAGUUCUUCCCUUACGAUCCAAUGGAGUUUGAGAAAUGCAGCGUUCCUGAGGACUUCAUUCCUCUCGGUAGUCUCCCUCUGGCUGGUCUGGCUUUUCCAGAUGCACCCCCUCCUUCGGAAGAAGACCAGGAUCUUUACCUGCCUCUGCUCCCAAGCCUGUCACCUGCAAGAAUGCCACAACGCUUGGAUGGCUGUAUUCCGUUUGAUGCAUUCCUCCAAACGAUUGAUGAGCUGACCAUAGAGCUCCCCCCUGAGCCUGACACUGACUGAAAUAUGUUCAAAUACAGCCUUCUACUGUUCUGUUUUUUUAUUUGAAUAUUUGAUCGUUUUAAUCGUUGCUAUAUGUCUGCAUUUGUCACUUUAAAGCAGUUCAAUAAAAACCGAUAUGCCCUU